AUGUUCACUAAGCUGUUUGUGGUGGGCCUUCUGGCCACGGCCUGCCUGGCCGCCGAGGAGAAGAAGGCGGCUGAGGACCUGAAGACGGACAGCUCGUCCACCAGCUUCUCCCACAGCAGCCUCGGCUCGGUGCACUCUGGAUUGUCGACGUACCACGCUCCUUCCACCACCUACGCCCCUGCCAGCUCCUACCACGCGGCGUCGGCUGGCUACGCCUCUGGCUCGUCCUACCACGCUCCGUCCCCCACUUACUCUUCCAGCUCGUCGUACCACGCUCCAUCUACUGGUUACUCGUCGGGCUCCUCGUACCACGCUUCGUCCCCCUCGUACUCCUCCAGCUCGUCAUACCACGCUCCGUCUACCGGCUACUCGUCGGGGUCCUCGUACCACGCUCCGUCCCCCACCUACUCGUCCAGCUCGUCGUACCACGCUCCGUCUACUGGCUACUCGUCGGGCUCCUCGUACCACGCUCCGUCCCCCUCUUACUCGUCCAGCAGCUCGUCCUACCGCGCUCCGUCUACUAGCUACUCGUCGGACCCCUCGAACCACGCCGAGCCGGUCUACUCGCCCAGCUCCUCCUACCACGGCGCCGCCCCCAGCUACGCCCCCGUCUCGCCCAACCACGGCCCGGCUAGCUACGCCUCGGAGGGGUACGCCGCGCCCCAUCAGAGCAGCUACCGCCCGAGCUACCAGCCCGUGCAGACGUACCACCAGGCGUGA